AUGGCAGCUAUUCAAUCAAGAUUACCGGCGCCUCCGUCACUUAAAGUAACCGAAAAAGAAACUACUAAACCAAAUAUUACAACGAAACUUCGUAAACCAACUUCCAUAACUUCCAUUAUUUCACGCCCCACUACUAAAACUUCACAAACUGCGCCUUCUCUGAAACCAACACAACCAACAGAACAAGAAGCGCUUAAAACUCAAUCAAAAUCUCUAUUAAAGAAACCAUCAUCAUCAUAUAGAACUACUUCACCCCAGACAACACAAAUAACUCAAAUAACUCAGACAACUCAAACCACAAAAAUAUCUAAUCCCCCUGCAUUAACAAAAACAGUGAAUGGUCCACCUGUCGCAACAAGAAUAGUGAAUGGCCCUCCCGCAGCAACAAAAAUAGUGAAUGGCCCUCCCGCAGCAAAGAGAAUAGUGAAUGGUCCCCCCGCAGCAACAAAAAUAGUGAAUGACCCUCCCGCAGCAACAAGAAUAGUGAAUAGUUCUCCCACAACAAAGAGAAUAGUGAAUAGCCCUUCUGCAACAGCGACGACGCAAGACACUUCCGAUAUAAGUGAUACUUCAUCUCAAACUAGCAGUAAUAAUUCUUCCAAUAGUACUGGUGAUAACAAGUCUGCAAAGUUUUCUAAUGUAAGAUCACGUGUAGGUUCAUUGGAGAAUAUAAAACACAAGCCAAAAAGUGGCGAUGUAAAAAUAUGUUCAGAAAAAAAGGAUUUUUCCAAUGUGAAAUCGCGUAUAGCCUCACUAGAAAAUGUAAAUCAUACACCAAAGGGAGGGGAAGUCAAAAUAUUUUCCAUAAAGACAGAUUUUUCAAAGGCGAAGUCACGUGUCGGUUCAUUUGACAAUUUUAAACACGAAAUAAAAGGUGGUAAUGUUAAAAUUUUUUCCAGCAAACCCGAUUUUAAAAAUGUGCAUUCACGUGUUGGUUCUUUGGAUAAUAUUGACUAUGUUCCAAAAGGUGGUGAUAAGACAAUAUUUAAUGACAAAUUAAAUUUCUCCAAUGCGAAAUCUCGUGUUGGCUCUUUAGAUAAUAUUAAUUAUACUCCAAAGGGUGGUGAUAUAGUAAUAUUUGAUAGUAAAUUACAACUUACCGAAGUAAAAUCUCGUGUUGGCUCUUUAGAUAAUAUCAAUCAUACUCGAAAGGGUGGUGAUAUAGUAAUAUUUGACAGUAAACUACAACUUCCCGAAGUAAAACCUAAAGUUGGCUCUUUGGAUAAUAUUAAUCAUACUCCAAAGGGUGGUGAUAUUAGAAUAUAUAAUCAAAAAUUAAAAUUUAAGGAAUAUGCUGCUCCAAAAAUUAUUACUCGUUCUUCGGCUUCUAGUAAUAGUUCUUCGUUUAUUGCUGAUGAUGAUAGAUCAAGUCUUGCUUAUAGUCCUGUAUCUUCUCUUGCUUUGGAUGAGGCUCCUGAAGAAGUUAAUGAUCCUAAUGAUCCCCCACAAGAAGUUAAUGAUCCUCCGCAGGAACAAUGCGCUAUUCAAUCUCCUAGUGUUGAUGUUUUAUCUCCUAUUAUGGAAAAUUUUGGUAUUGAAGAAGAAUAUGAAGAAGAAGUAGAAGAAGAAUCAUCAAUUCCUGUUUAUAUGACUGAAGCUGAACUUUCAUUUGAAGUCCAUGAUUCUUUUCAACAGAGAAAAGUCCCAAAUGAAGAGACAAACAAGCAUACUGAAUUUUAUUCUGGAAAAGAAACUAAUUUAAAUUAUCAAGAUCAAAACUUUUCUGUUAACGAAACAUAUAAUCAACAACAUGAAAUCGUAUAUGAGGAAGAAGCGGAAGAAAUUUACGAAAAUGAUGAUCAUGAUAACGACGACGAAUUUACAUAUAGAGAAUCUACUAUAUUUACCAUGAAUGAAUCUUCUUUGAAUGAUACUGAUUUAUCUUUUGAAGUUAAUGUUUUAAGAAAAUCAACUUUAUUAUCUAAUAUUACUGAAAGGAAUUCUACCGUUGAAGAUAUAAAUCCUAAACCACUUAAGGAAUUUGAAAUUCCUCCUGAAAAUGAGAGCGAAUUACCUGAAGAACCUGAAUUAACUAUCGUUCAACAACGUGCUUAUGAUGAAUCUUGGAUAUAG